AGGCCUUGAGCCCCGGGGGCACCUUCUUCCUCUCCCCCCGCGGAGAGGCAUCUCCCCUCAGCUUCCCGCCCUCGGCCGCUUCCCUCGGGGAGGGAGGCCGACAGGGGACGCUCCGCUCUCGCCCGGCCCGCUCUCCGUGGAGGCGGAGGCGGCGGCGGCCAUGGGCGAAGCGGAGAGCUCGGCGGCGGCGGUGGCGGCAGACGCGGUGUUGAAGGCCCCCUGCCCGGCCGCAGGGCCUGCGGCGCCCGUGUCAGCCGAGCCCGCCCCUCAAGCAGCGCCUGAGGAAGCGGCGUCGGCGGCGUCCAGCGUCUCCUCAGCGGCCUCGGCGAUGACCGUCAUGACGGUGGCGGCGGCUCCGCCUCCUCCUCCUCCGCCGCUGCCGGUGCCGGUGGUGUGGAGCCCCGAGGUGGAGGUGUGCCUCUUUCACGCCAUGCUGGGCCACAAGCCCGUCGGCGUGAAUCGCCAUUUUCACAUGAUCUGCAUCCGAGAUAAAUUCAGCCAGAAUAUCGGCAGGCAGAUUUCUUCCAAAGUCAUCUGGGACCAUUUAAGCACCAUGUAUGACAUGCAAGCGCUGCAUGAAUCUGAGAUUCUUCCCUUCCCCAACUCAGAAAAAAACUUCAACCUCCCUGAAGAAAUUAUUCAAGAGGUAAAAGAAGGUAAAGUGAUGAUUGAAGAUGACGUGAAAGAAGAGAUAAAGGAAGAGAUGGAAUCGCACGCAGGUCCUGAAGAAGUAUAUGCAUCUAUGGGAAGCCUGGCCAAAGCAUCUGAGAAACCAAGCAGUAAGGAGAAAGAGAGAAGCUCGUCUGAAUCUGGAUCCAAAGAAGGAGCAGAUAAGAGAAAGCGGAACAGAGUCACUGAGAAGGUUUUGAACGCAAAUAGCAAUCCUUCCAGUCCAAGUGCUGCAAAACGGCGCAGAACAUAAGCAGUGGCCGAGGAAGGCAUAAGCAUGUUUGAACAGUGGAGCCUAGGCAGCAAAGAGAUUUUAGAGUCUAGUUAGCACAAUGCGGGUGGAAAUGAGAGAUAAAUGCCUGGGCUCUAUUGGUUAGCAUAGAACGGCGGAAAGGAGCUGAACAGUAUCUUUAGCCUUACAACUUUGGGAUGCAUGGGAAGCUGGCAGCAUUACAAACGUGUGUUUACUGAAAAAGUCAGGAUGUGGCAUUUUAUUUUACCUACCAGUUGCACACUCUUGAAUGGGAUUCACCUAACCAGCCCCAUUAGGGGAAGCCCAGCACAAGGACUGCUGCUUACACAGUGGGACUUUUCCUGCUCUCCUUCCUUCACAUGCCUUCCAAAAUUGAGAACCCCAUUUCUUGUUUGCGGGGAGUUGGGCAAUCAUUCCAUCGGGCAAGCUGUAAUGCUUGCGGAGACAGAAUGAUUGGAAGAACGCGGCAUUGAAUUCCAACCUACGUGUUAAAUAUCCCUCUUGGAACAACCAUUCAUGGAAACACAGGACCAUGGUUCUUGAAUGGUUGGUUUCAACCUUGGGUGAUGUUUGUAUCUUGAGCUGCAGUUGCUAAUUUUAGCGACGUAAUAAGUGUCUUAAGUCGGUUACUGUUCUGUGAGAGUUAGUUCCAAAUGUCACUGGGUCUGGCUGAAUAAGUAUGCACAAAAUACAAACCACCUGCAAAAUGAAGCAGGAACAUUCUUUGCUUAAAUUAUUAUCAGCUUUGCUUCUUCCAAACUGGAGGUAUACAUUUAUUUUUUCAGAUUGCCGAAGCAGAACAAAGGUCAUUAAACAUCUUAAAACCAG